AUGACGUCAUUCAUGUGGUCAUGUGAUUUUCUGGAGUACAAUAACAAUGUGAAAGUGAGGGGACCGGCGGAAUAUUGUUACUACGAGAAAUUCGAGCCGAGAUGUGAGGACGGUGACGUCAUCAUCAUCAUCAACGCCACCUACGGAAGAAUGAGCUUUGGCAGAUGCGUCCGGACAAACUUUGGCUUCAUCGGAUGCUUCGAUGACGUCACUGGCCUACUGCACCGGAAGUGCACAGGAAGACAGGGAUGUGCCGUUCAUGUUGUAGAGCCGACUUUUUCCGGUCUGAAACCAUGCAAUAUGGAGUUGAAGAGCUAUUUGAGGGUGGAGUUUGUCUGCGUGCCAGAACUGAAACUAAAUGACGACGACGACGUCGAAGAGGGCUGCAAUCUGGAAUUUCCCAGCAGGGAAAUUCCCAUGGCGACCUUGACUCCUACCUUAAUGAUGACGUCAUUAUCCUUGACAGGGUCACUCUGUGGCGACGACCAAUCACCGUUCAGGAUUAAAACAAAACCGGGUCAACGGCUUAAUGUUACGAUGAUUAUAAUUCUGGAGAGUGACCAAUCAGAAUUGGCCAAUGUAGCCAAUCAAAUCGUUUGGACGUUUUCGUCACCAAACACACUGAAAGUGGCAGACAUGAUACAUUCUUGA